CAACCUCUUCUGUGCUUGUAAAAGGCUGCCUCAUGCGUGCUCGGUACAACUGUGGACUCCCUCGUGCGCCCUCGCUUCUCCAUAUGGGUUGAGAGUCAGCAGCACCGAGACCGGAUGUUCACGUCCCGCGGUGCAAACUUCGGGCUGAUGCAAACUUCACGGCUUUGCCCGGUAUGAUCGUUUGCAACUUGAACCUUAGCUGUGCGCAAUCUCCAGGUGGAGGAGCCGGUGGCACGGCAGUGACGCAGGUGUACGAAGAAGUGUCCGGUUCUCUCGCUCCUCCAUCCCUGAGCCCAAAGGGUCACCUGGUGGUGGCGGUGUGCCUCGGCUUCAUCGGCAUCUUCGGGUUCCUCAGUAACUUUCUGGUGCUCACGCUGUUCUGCCGGUACCGGGCUCUGCGCACGCCCAUGAACCUCUUGCUGGUGAGCAUCUCAGCGAGCGACCUGAUGGUGAGCGUGGUCGGCACCCCGUUCAGCUUCGCAGCCAGCGUGCAGGGGCGAUGGCUGAUUGGACGCGCUGGGUGCAUUUGGUACGGGUUCAUUAACGCAUUUUUAGGCGUUUUCUCCCUGAUCUCCCUGGCCGUUCUGUCCUACGAGCGCUACUGCACCAUGAUAAAGCCCACCAUCGCUGACGGCAAAGACUUCCGCCCAGCGCUUGGAGGGAUCUGCUUCUCUUGGCUCUACUCUGUGGCCUGGACUGUACCCCCACUGCUGGGCUGGAGCAGAUAUGGGCCCGAGGGUCCUGGCACCACCUGCUCAGUAGACUGGAGGACUCAGACGCCAAACAAUAUCUCGUACAUUGUCUGCCUGUUCACCUUCUGCCUGGUCCUGCCCUUCAGCGUUAUUCUCUACUCCUACGGCAAGCUGCUGCACGCCAUCAGACAGGUCCGCAGUGUGAGUUCAGUGGUAAACCGGCGCAGAGAGCACCGGGUGUUGGUGAUGGUCGUCACCAUGGUGGUGUGCUACCUGGUCUGCUGGCUGCCUUAUGGAGUGGCAGCCCUGCUCUCAACUUUCGGCCCCCGCGACCUUUUGACCCCACAGGCGAGCAUCAUGCCGUCGCUGCUGGCCAAGUUCUCCACCGUCGUAAACCCUUUUAUCUAUAUAUUCAUGAACAAACAGUUCUACAGAUGUUUCAGGGGCUUCCUUGGAUGCUCUACACCUGAAAGAGGCUCCACCUUAAAGACAUUUUCACGGCCAACCAGGACGCUUCGCACCGGCCGCGAGCAGAAGGAACUCAAUGUGACGGAUCCUGCCCCGUCCACCGUCAACCCCACACCCAACUCCAUCCAAAAUGUGUCUCAGAGAGCUAAUUAUGUGCCUCCGUGUUCAUCGAAUCACCACUCAGCUGCUUCACACUCCCCUGCUGCUAACACCCCCAAACCCAAACUGAUUCUGGUGGCUCACUACAGGGCAUAGAAAAAGGGAAAUGAGAAUGGGAACUGAAGGUGAUGAAAAGGUCACAGGUCUCAAACCAACAAUUAUGCUGUCCUGAUACAAGGAUUUGAGUAGGAUUUAAAAAAUUAAAAAACUGGGACGUUUUUAAUCCCAGAAAAGGUUAUAUUUUUCUGUGAAGUCAGCAAACAGAGAUACACACAACAUGCCAGUUUAAUCCUGUUUACGAGAGGCAAUGUACGCACAGGGCUAAGCGUAGGGCUUCAUGUUAAGAUUACCCAUUAUUAAAUCCAUAUAAAUAGGUUAAGCAUUUUGUCUGUAUUAAUUAAAUAUAAUUGUUACGUUAAUUAAUAAUGUUCUUUUUUGAUCUGAGAAAUUAAUCAGAAACAAUUUGAAGAAGCAAAGCGUUCUUUGGGGGAGAUUUCAUAAAUCUUUUGGUGUUUUGUUUUAAACGAGGUGUUGCUCUACUCUAAGCAGGAUUAUUCUUUUCAUAUCAUUUUUCUCAUUUGUAAUAUUUAAGGAUUUCAUACAGUGUACAGUAUUAAAGAUGUGUUGAACAAAUGUAUGCAAUUAAGAACUGAGGAGGUUUAAACAUGCCUUCAUUUGCUAUUUUGCCUUGAUGCAUAUAGGCCUUCAGGACUGGGACUUUUAUGAAAGCCAUUAAAAGGGAAAUGUUGCUAUGUUAUUAGUGAGAUUUCACUGUUUUGAGUUGUCUUGAUGUUUCUGAAGCUUCUGUUUUUCUUUGUUUAGUAGAAAAGUUGUUCUGUGU